AUGCAAGGCAUUAAGGAGAUCUUCACAAGAUGUCUCCCCGGCUGUCUCUGUUCUGUUUCCUGCUUUGUUCUUUCCGUCUCCAGCCAGGCUCCAGACCGAGCCGCCCUCCGGCGCUCCAGCGACCCCACCGGGCGCUGCCAGUACACCUUCACGGUGGCCAGCCCAGAGGAAUCCUCCUGUCCUGGAAGCAGCACCGAGAUGGGCGUCUUGUCCAGGCUGACUCUGCUGGAGGCUCUGGUCGGCCGGAUGGUCGGAGGAGCAGACGGAGCCGGGCCCAACGGCCUCCAGGAAGCCUUUUCCCAGGUCACAAGAGAGAGAGACCAGCUGCAGCGGGAGAAGGAGGGUCUGAACCAGCAGGUCCAGCAGAUGCAGAGGAGGCUGACGGAGCUGACCCGGGAGGCGGAGAGCCUCAGGCAGAAGCCCUGCCUGCAGACUCUCGCCUCCGGCGGGGCUCAGCGGGAAAACAGACCCGUCAACGAUCCUAGAUAUGCCAGGAGUGGCGCCUAUCAGGAGAUGAAGGCUGAGGUGACAGAAGUCCCAGCGUCACACCUCCUACCUGGCGGACAUCACAACUUCACAGGCUGUGGGGAGCUGCGCUCCGUGGGAGAGCCUGUCCUGCACCGGAAAGCCGACAGCAUCAUGGGGAAGUACGGCGUGUGGCUGCAGGAUCCCGAGCCUCAGGGCUCCGUCUACGGCAGCGCCACCGUGUGGCGGAUCGACGCCGUGGGGAAAGACGUGCGCCAGCUCUUUGCUUAUGAAGACAUGGACCAGUUCACCCGGGGCUUCCCGACCAAGGUGCUGCUGCUGCCGGAGCUGGAGAGCACGGGGGCGGCGCUGUACCGGGGGUCGCUGUUGUACCAGCGCAGGCGGAGCCGCACGCUGAUCCGCUACGACCUGACCUCGGAGGCCGUGGCGGCGCGGGCGGACCUGCCUCACGCCGGCUUCCACGGCCAGUUCCCCUACUCCUGGGGCGGAUACACCGACAUCGACCUGGCGGUGGACGAGCAGGGCCUGUGGGCCGUUUACAGCACCAGCAAAGCCAAGGGCGCCAUCGUGAUCUCCCAGCUGGACCCCAGGAGCCUGGAGGUGAAGAGGAGCUGGGAGACCAGCAUCAGGAAAAGCGUGGCCAACGCCUUCAUGGCGUGCGGGCGGCUGUACACGGUGGCCAGCUACACCGCCACCAACACCACCAUCAACCACGUGUUCGACACGGCCACCGGCGAGGGGCGGCCGCUGUCCGUGCCCUUCAAGAACCAGUACCGCUACAACAGCAUGGUGGACUACAACCACGCCAGGAAGAUGCUCUACGCGUGGGACAACUUCCACAUGGUCACCUACGACGUGCGGCUGGGCCGGGCGGCCCCGAGCAGCAUGGCGUGA